CGGGCGCGUGGCAGACGGGCACGCUCACGCAUCUGACAGUAGCGUGUCAAACACGUUCCCAAGUAUGGCACUUCGCGUUCGCGCUUGAACGAACGGUAUUAGAGAUUAUAAACAGGAUUGUACUAAUUAAAAUCUUGCUGUUCUGGACUCUGUGGAUAUCGUUUGCGACCGGAGUUUUUGCAGGUAUACUCUGUGAUGUGGUUUAUGAAGAUGACUUGCACUCAAGAACAAAAAUCUACUUCAUGUAGAAUAUCUCCAUAAGUCUAAAGACGACUUUUCUUCUGUCAAAGAAGAAUGAAAAGCUUCAUGUGGUAAAUCUCUGAAUCAUGUUUGUGAAAAUGAUAUGGUAAACCAAAGGCCAAAUCCGUCGUUUUGUGAAUACAAAGGAUCAUGAGAGUGUGAGCCCAGAUUGUAACACUUUUGCUGGAUAAGAGCCAUGGGCAAGGAGCAGGACCUUCUUCUGGCUGUGAAGAAUGGAGACCUUCCCUUAGCUCAUAAACUCCUGGCCAAGAUCAAGACCAACCGAAACAAGUUACUGGGCUCCACAAAGAGGCUGAAUGUCAACUACCAAGACCAAGAUGGAUUUUCAGCACUUCAUCACGCUGCUCUCACUGGCACCACUGAUCUUCUGUCUCUGCUGUUGGAGGCGCAAGCCACUGUGGACAUCAAAGACAGUAAUGGUAUGCGUCCUUUGCACUACGCUGCCUGGCAGGGGAAGGCUGAUUCUGUUCUUAUGUUACUGAGAGCUGGAGCGUCUGUGAACGUAGCCUCGCAAGACGGACAGAUCCCUCUCCACCUGUCUGCACAGUACGGACACUAUGAGGUGUCUGAAAUGCUGCUGCAACACCAGUCCAACCCCUGCACUGUCAACAAGGCGAAGAAGACCCCUCUGGACCUGGCUUGUGAGUUUGGAAGACUCAGGGUGACCCAGCUGCUGUUAAGCAGUAACAUGGUGGUGGCUCUCUUAGAAGGGAAUGGCAGAGAUAAUACUCCUCUACACCUUGCUGCCCGCAAUGGCCAUAAAGACAUCAUCAGACUUCUGCUGAAGGCUGGGAUUGACAUCAACAGAACCACUAAAUCUGGUACGGCUCUGCAUGAGGCUGCCUUGUACGGGAAGACGGAAGUUGUCAAAUUAUUGCUUGAUGCUGGAAUUGAUGUGAACAUCAGAAACACCUACAGUCAAUCAGCUCUGGACAUUGUGAACCAGUUCACCACUUCACACGCCAGCAAAGAAAUCAAACAACUCCUUAGAGAUGCCAGUGGAGCUUUGCAGGUGAGAGCGCUGAAGGACUACUGGAAUCUACACGACCCCACUGCACUCAACAUCCGGGCGGGAGAUGUGAUCAUGGUCUUAGAGCAGCACAUGGAUGGACGCUGGAAAGGGCACAUCCAUGACAGUCAGAGGGCCACUGAUCGUGUGGGAUUCUUCCCUCCGUCCAUCGUGGAGGUUAUUAGUCGCAGAUCAGGGGGCGCUCUCUCCCGACAGGCUUCACUACCCAUCCAGAGACAUCACAUUCUAUCCAGGGCUCUGCCCCCACACAGUUCUCAUCACACCCCUCACACUGAUGACACCUACACCCUAUACUCAUCCACCCGGCCUGUCCUGACUCACCAGAACGGGCUGGAUCAGCAGCACACAGGUCCGCUUCCCGACAGUCCAGCUAGUCCCAGAGAGUCAGAGGAUAUUUGGGUCCUCAGGACCUUUCUCAAUGCAGGAGACAGAAACAGUGUUGGGAGUUCAGGGAGCAUGGGCAGCAGUCGCAGUGCCGGCAGUGGACAGAGCGCCGAAGGACCGCAUCAGUCACCUGCUGCUGUCCAAGACACCACAAAGCUGCCUCCCUCUGCUGGUGAAGUGGUAGAACUGUGCUCUCAACCACCUGAUCCCACAAAACAGGCAAACCCUUAUUCAGGGGCUCUUGGACGUAGGGUGCUUCUGAGCGGCUCCAGAACUGGAGAGCAACAUGUCAUUCAUUCAAAACAGCUUCUGGAUGGCCGGGAUGCCGAGGCUAUUUAUCAGUGGCUGAGUGAGUUUCAGUUGGAGCAGUACACAUCUAAUUUCCUCACGUCUGGAUAUGAUGUUCCCACUAUGAGCAGGAUGACCCCUGAGGAUCUCACUGCUAUUGGUGUUACAAAGCCAGGUCAUCGCAAGAAGAUCUCGAUGGAGAUCAGCAGCUUGAACAUUCCAGAGUGGUUGCCGGAUUAUAUUCCAUCUGAUAUUGGCAAAUGGCUCAGUGCUAUAGGGCUGCCACAAUACCAGAAAAAGCUGGCAGAGAAUGGGUAUGACUCCAUCAGCAUAGUGCAGGAUAUCACAUGGGAGGAUCUGCAGGAAAUUGGCAUCACUAAACUGGGCCAUCAGAAGAAGCUGAUGCUCGCUGUGAAGAAGCUCAGUGAUGUGCAGAAGGCUCGUAAGAACCAGGCUGAAGAUCAAGCAAUGCUGCAGCACAGGAGAGCUCCUCCUGCCCUCGAGCUGGUGGCCAUCGAGCACCACGAGAACCCGGACUGUCCUUCCUCCCCUCUGUCGCCAAAGAUGCUCACCUUUCAGGACAGCGAGCUGAGCGCCGAGCUGCAGAACGCCAUGGCCCGGAGCGGGUACGCCGGUGUCCAGGAUGGUUUCUGUAGCGCGGGUGGAGCAUCCGUACGCCUCAGUCAAGAGAGCAUCGGCACACGAUCGGGGGGUUCUGGACAGUCACAGGAACGCCCGAUGGCAUCUGUAACGCCCCACAGUCGAUCGCAGGAGAGCUUGGGAAGUGUAGACAGCAGCCACAAUAAGGAGCAGGAUGGAAGCCAGUUAUCACCUGUUAAAAUGACACCGGUGUUGCCGGCGAGGACACCGCCUGUAAUCGCAAAUAAAGCGGCACGAUUUGUAUACCCACCUGUUGUGAGCAAGCCCAAACCAGUUGCGUCUCCCUCCAAACCCCUUCACGGCUCACCGCACGGAUCGCCUCUCCAAAGAGGUUUCAGCUACCUACAGCAUCAAAACAACAACAUGGGAAGCCCAGUCCCGGUUAGGGCUCUACAGCCGAACGGAGAGGCAUCCCGGUCCAAAAAGCGAAGCCAGAGUCUUUCACGCUAUGCGCUUUCAGAUGGAGAGAAUGAAGAUGAAGAUAUAUCUACACCCACGGCGUCUGCAAAUCUGUCAUCAUACGUCACCCUCACUCGUAAGCCCGGGCGUAGCCAGACAGCUUACGGCUGUGGUGAGCGUCAGGUGGCCCGCAGUCAUUCCUUUGCCAUACGUACUAAGAGGAAGGGUCCUCCACCUCCCCCUCCGAAGCGACUGAGUUCUGCACCGAGUGGGGUCAGUACAAGUGGGGUUGAAAUGGAAAGCGCAGGAAGCGUUAGAAGCAUCUCGGCCCGAUUGGAGAACAAUGCAGGGAGCCCCAGUAAGGCAUGCAAUAGCCCUUUGUUUAGAGCCGGCUCACCAGCCACCCCACCAAAACAUUUGGGGAACCGUAGGAAAACUGUCAGUGAAUCUUCAGUUAACGAAGCAGAAAACAAGGAACCUUUGAGGAAUCACAAACAAAGAGGUUCACAAUCUUCAACAGGAAGCUCACAGGAGAGCAUACCUUUCGCUGAAGAAGGCAAAGUGACCAUCAAACAAAGGACCAAAAUAUCAACCAAUAAGACUGUGACUGGUGUUAAAAUUCUAAGGCCAGCACAGCCUAUCAAAUCACCUUUAGAGUUGCCGGAGUUUCACUUAAAAGAAUCAGACACUGUCAAAAGGAGACACAAGCCAAAAGAACUACAGACCAAGGGUCAAGGCGCAAGCGUGCGUGCAGGAAAUGUGACCGCCGCUGAGACCGAGAUGGUCUCGCAGCGCAUGCAUAAUGGCAGAUUGACUGAGAAUCCAUACAAACUGAGUCUGUCUCCCAAACCGGGCUCUCCGCAUAAACCUCCAACUCCUUCGAAGCCCACGCGCCAUUCUGCUUCAGCAACCUCAGGAGUGACAGUCUGUGUCGCACAGAGUGUGGCAUUUGCCGUUUCACCUCCAUGCAGUUCUCCGGUUCGAUGUCCCUUCAUCAAAGGACAUCAAAGUCAGUCUGUGCUGGCUGGAAAGUCACAGGCCGUGUCAGACGUCCAAGAUGAGCUGGUACAUAAACGUCUAGAGCAAACCAGCACGUCCCUGGAAGCAGCGCUUAAAGUUGUGGAAAGGAAAUUGGCUCAGGAGGAUCCAAGAGAAAGUGGCAUCAACACGGUGAAGUCAGCUGGGAAUAUUCUUGAUGAUAUAGGAAACAUGUUUGAUGAUCUAGCCGACCAGCUGGAAGCCAUGUUGGAUUGACUUGACUCAAAUACAGCAUGGGGCCUUCACAUGGACUCCUCUGGAUGUGUGAGAUGCAAUGCCGGGUUUGGAGACAAUCAAACUUUACACAAGUUAUUCGUUUACAGUGCACUUUUGUAAAAAACUAUUUGUUUGCAUUACCCAAUUUAAAGGGUGAAAAAUGGCAACAAUCAUGGCUGUUUCCUUUACGCUCCUUCCAUCUGCAGUUGACUAGGCAAACACUGAAACAUAUUUGUUGCUUUCUGUAUCUUUGGCUUAUUGGACAGAAUGUGUUUUAUCAUAAGCACUUACUAUUAAAGCUCUUCAAGCAGAGACACUUUCAUUUCCUGUUGUGCUAAGACUUUGGCCUCUAGCAAUGGAUAUACAGUGCAAAGGCUGAGAGUGUGAUGCAAGUUCAAUUCUGUGUUUGAAAUGCUCAGACAUUCAGUAUCAUUCUAUGAAUUUUCUUGUUUUUAGACUAAACACAUUAGAGGGAAUUAUUAUAUAACAGAGGGAAAAGGAUCAACCAAAAAAACGUUUUCGUUUGUUGUAAUGCCACCUCAUGGACCAAGUAUGUUUGACUAAUAUUACUGUAACCAUGUCAUUGAAAAGAAGACGGGGCAGUAUACAGAACAGUCACCUGUUUGAGGUUUUGUACUGUGCAGUAUAUCUUUAAUGUCACUGUGCGUUGUAUAAUGUUUGGAACGUUGCAUAGCAGUUAACUACAUGUUAGGAAAAUAACUUUUCUUAACAUGUUAUAGCAAUAGUAUAUUUUGAUAACAAUUGCGUUUUGGAAGAUAAACAGUGUUGGGUAAGUUACUCUCAAAAAGUAAUUAAUUACUAGUUACUAAUUACAUAUUCAAUAGUGUAAUUAGAUUACUGUACAAAUUACUCUCUCCGAAAAGUAUUUAGUUACUUAUUAUUAAUUACUUUCUAUAUCCUACAUCAACCUUGAUUAGUUAAGUGAUUCAAGGAUAGGCAUGAAAGGGCUCUUUUAAUUCAUUCAAAUAAAUAAUAUUAAACUACGUAAAGUACUCUUAUUAACUGACCAAAGUAUUACAAAUGUGAGACUUAUACAUUAAAGCACAGAUUUUAAAGUUAGACUUUGAAUUUUGAUGUCAAUUCCACUAUUACACACACAUAUUAUUACACAGUAUUUAGUUUAAUUACAUCAAAAGUAACUGUAAUUAAAUUACAGAAAAAUAAGAGUAAUCCCUUACUUUACUUUUUCAAGGGAAAAGUAAUUAAAUUACAGUAACUAAUUACUUAGUAACUAGUUACACCCAACACUGAAGAUAAAGCAUAUGGGAUGGAUCACUUCUAUUGUAAAUGUAUUUUUAUAAGAAGUAUAAUUUAUUUGAUUUGUGCAGUGACAAAGAAAGGGCCUUUUUUGUAAAUGUUCACCUUGACUGAAACCAGGCAAAAUAGAUUUAUAUGAACCAUAUGAACAACACAUUUUUCAAGCACAAAUGACCAAAGGGGACCUGAGAUCUGUGUUAUUAGCUUUAACAAGACAUGGGGCACAUGUGGUUAAAAAUACACAAAAUAGAUGGUUCAAACUUUCUAUGAUCUGAUACUCAGGAUGAGAAAUGCAAGCUUCAAAGCUUAAUGGCUUCUCACUUCUGUGACCUGUGCACUUUUCCCAAAGUUAUAUAGUGUAUGCACUGUAUGUAUCUUUCAUUGUACACAUUUAUUUUUGUUUACCAGUUCUUGUUUAUUCUGCAUGUACUGUACGCUGGUAAGACGACCAGUUCUUGACUGAAAGAGACUUUCCUCUUAACUGUUUGAUGUUACCUAUAUUGCUAAAAAGAGAUAUAUGUGGAAUAACUCGUGGCUGAAAGAAGGCCGGAGCAUCACGUUCUUGCAUGUUUUUAAUGUAACCAUCUGAAAUGCUUUUGUAUGAUAUGGAAUGAUAUUUUGAUGGACUUUAUAAAAGCAGCACUUACUGGUGCUAUACUAUCUUUUUAAACAGCACUGUGUACUUUAUAUCCCUGUUCAUUCCUUAUGGCAAUACUUUGGCAUUGCUGUGUUCAUUGCAGGGCUUAGUAAGAGCCAUGAGUACCAUCAGUUUAGGUCUCUUAUGAUUUCACAAUCAAUACUGCAAGGUAUUUGAAUACUUUUAAUAAAAGAACAGAUCGAUC